AUUCUUUGAUAUAACCUCAAUCCCCCCCCUACUUACAAAAAUCCUGAAGGGAUUUAGCUUUUUUGCCGCAGUGCAAUUUUUUUGGAAAUAAAUUUCUAUUUUUGUGUCUCAACCGUAUUCACUAUUGUAUUAUACAAUGUCAGACUUACCCUACGGACCCCCAGUACGAGUAUCUCCCUUGAUCAAGUUCGGUCGCUGGUCAUUCUUAUCAGUUGGUAUUCUAUAUGGUGCCUUCCAUCAGAAUAGAUUGUCCAAAAAGGAGGCUGUAAUUAGGGAAAUUGAAGCGAAAGAGAAGGUUAUACGGGAUGCAAAGAUUAAAGAAGAAAAAGCCAGAGCAGCUGAAGCCGAAAUGAAGAAUCUAGAAGAAAUGAUGAACCAAAAGGUUUAGAUAAGUAAGAAUACAAAGGGAUUAACAGCCCAAAUCAAUAUUAUUUGUAAUUAUGUUGUAUUUAUCAAAUAGAGAUGAUUAAAAUCUA